AUGGUCUCUCAGCGGGGUAUUGAGGCUAACCCAGAUAAAAUCGAAGCGGUCUUAAAAAUGAUGCCGCCACGGAGCAUACAUGAAGUCCAGAAGCUCAACGGCCGGAUCACGGCUCUAGGUCGGUUCAUGUCCUGCUCGGCAAAACGAUGUCUACCUUUCUUCAAAACCCUGAAACAGAUCAAGAACUUCACAUGGACAGCAGAAUGCCAGCAGGCGUUUGAGGAAUUGAAAAGCUUCCUAUCCUCGCCCCCACUUUUGGCGAGACCAGAUCCGGGCGACGUGUUAUAUUUAUACAUCUCUUGCUCUGACGAAACAAUAGCAGGAGUAUUGGUAUCGGAAAAAGGAGGAGAACAAUACCCGAUCUACUACAUUAGCAAAGUACUCAGAGAUGCGGAGCUAAGAUACCCGAAGUUGGAAAAGCUGGCGCUGUGCGUAUACACCGCCACCAUCAAGCUCCGACAUUACUUCGAAGGACACCAAAAGGCGGAGACAAGUGGACGCAUAGCAGAAUGGGCCGUCAAAAUAGGAAGCCUGGGCGUUAUCUAUGAAGCUCGAAAAGCACUGAAAGCUCAAGCACUAGCCGACUUCUUCGCAGAAUUAACAUUCAAAGAACCCAUGGAGAACAAAACGACUCCCUGGGAGAUACACGUCGAUGGAGCAGUUUGCGGAGAAGGAGCGGGGAUCGGAGUCGUGCUCAAAGGACCAGGAAGAAUCCAAAUGGAAUACUCAGCAAGACUCGAAUUUCCAGCUUCCAACAAUGUUGCGGAAUAUGAGGCGCUGAUAACAGGGUUGCAAUUAUGCGAAGAACUCAACAUCUCCGAAGUCCAGAUCUAUAGUGAUUCGCAACUGGUCGUGAACCAAGUCUCAGGGAACUUCGAAGUAAAAGAAGCUACAUUGAAGAAAUACGCCAAGCAAGCCAAAACCUUCUUUGCCGAUAAUGGGCGAUCCUGGUCGUUACAGCAAAUACCCAGAGCAAUGAAUGGAAGAUCAGACGAAUUGGCAAAGUGGGCAGCAACAAAGAAUUACGACUCAAUGAGAAACAUCCCUCAUGAAAUCAAACGACAGCCUAGCUUUCAAGAAGAAAUUGAAGAAGGCGAAGUACUGAUGGUAGAAGGGGAAGAAACCUGGAUGACCCCCCUCACAGCAUACCUGGCUAAUGGAAUACUCCCCGAGGAUAAGAAGGAAGCCAAAAGAAUAAUAGUACUAUCAUCAAAGUUCGGAAUAUACAACGGCCAGCUGUACAAACGGUCAUUCACCCAUCCCUGGCUAAGAUGUGUGAACAAAGAAGAAGGAGAGUACAUCAUGAAAGAAUUACAUGAGGGGACCUGCGGAGCACAUGACGGAGCAUCAACACUGGUCAGGAAAGCACUGCUACAAGGCUAUUAUUGGCCCACGAUGAAGGAACAAGCUACAACGCUAGUAAGGGGAUGCUGGCCUUGCCAGCAACACGCCUUGGUACCGAGAAAGCAAGCUUCAGAAAUGAAACCCAUCGGCAGUGCAUGGCCGUUCGCCCAGUGGGGUAUGGACAUCCUGGGACCUCUCCCUUUAGCCACAGGACAACGGAAGUUCCUGGUAGUGGCAAUCGACCACUUCACCAAGUGGAUAGAGUUCGACUCAGCAAAGUUUAGAAAGUUUUGUGCCGAGUAUCAGAUCGACCUAAGGUUCACUUCGGUUUACCAUCCACAAUCAAAUGGGCAAACCGAAGUGGCCAACAGAAUCCUACUGGCCGGACUAAAAAGAAGACUAGACGAAUGCAAAGGAAGAUGGGUAGAAGAACUCUACAGCGUCCUAUGGAACUACCGUACCGCCCCUAGAGAAUCAACGGGCGAAACUCCAUUCGCCCUAGCCUAUGGAACGGAGGCUGUAAUUCCUGUAGAGAUCGGCGCACCCACGCCAAGGACAGAAGACAACCAGCUAAACCUAGAAGAAAACGAAGAAGAGCUCAUGAACAAUCUGGAUCUCCUGGUUGAAAAAAUCAACAGAUCAGACAUCAGGAUGGAAGCCUACAGACAAAAGACGGCCAAAUAUUUCAACAGCCAUGUAAAGAAAAGAAAAUUCAAAUUAGGCGACCUCGUCAUGCGAAAAACCGAAGUCAAAAAAGGAGAAGCAGGAAGCGGAAAACUGCAGCCAAACUGGGAAGGACCUUACACCAUCAGCGAGGUCAUUAAAGAAGGAACAUUUAAACUCACUAACUCCAUGGGAAGAAUCAUACCAAGGACAUGGAACGCCAACAACUUGAGGAAAAUUUAG